CUUCUCCUCUCAGUUCGUUAACCCUUUAUUUUUCAGGAAACUCCAUUAAUACCUUUUCCAAAACUAAACAUUUAAUAAACUAGUUCAGACCUGUCCAAGCUUCUGAGAAAAAUCGUUUAUUAUCGAACUACUUAUAAUAAAAAUAGUUAUUUAGUGUGAUGUUUAACGAGAUGGUCAUUCUGGGAAGGGGAGAAGUAAGCCAAUGCAAGAUGGGUCUGGGAUCGUCAUCCAAAUUAACUGAACGAUCACGUUAUUUUAAUGAUCCCCUCUAGAACCUCUCCAAUUAAGUUACGAGUGAUUCGUCUUGUCAUUAAAGUCAAUUUUAUGCUCUAGAAGGGAUGGUUGAACCUGAAAAUACUACAAGAACUUUUCGUAGAAGAAAUGGCAUUAUGAUAGUUCCAAGAGAGGACACAGAACUGUUUCCGUAUUUAUUUGAAGGACGAAGGUUCCUUCGGAUCGAAGAAAUCUAACUACAGAUCUUCGCUAAGUAAUAGCAAGCAGCGCGUCUCGGUUAGACCAUAAAUUUUUAGUUCGUGCCAAACUGCGGAUGCGAUCAUUGUUACGAGGCCAGAGAAUUAACGAAAGAUAAACAAUACAGAGAGAGAGGCAAUAGAAGGGUUGCAUUUUAAAAACGGUUCGAGACAGCACAAAUUGCUGUAUUGUUAGUUAGGUGUGGCUAAAUUACGUGGGGUAAAAAUUGAUCUCCACCCAAGAUGCUAAGGAUCAAUAGAAAAUAAAACAAGUUAUUGUAUUAAAGUUUCAUCCGGAUCGAUUAUAAUUACCAUAAAGGUUGAAGCCGAGAGAAUACCUUUUUCAGCAGAAGCCGUUUAAAAAUCGAAGUGACCGCCUUGGAGAAAAAGCACACUCUGCCAGUUUCCGGCUCAACACGAACGCCUGCAUACCAGGAGGUACUGACAUUGACCCGCUGCCAGUUCUCGAUAUACCUGCACACAACAUCGGCCACAAGAAGAAAACAGUCGGUACCGCUGCAUUGGUACAAAUCUCGGUGGUGCCACCAUCCAUGUUGGGUGCGAUGACUCGUGCCAUUUGACGAUCUCGGCUGGGUGAUCAGGUGGGACUAGUUCUACGGCAGAGGUGACGUUUUGUCAAGGUAGAGGUAAUGUGGCCGUAACACUGAACUUGAACAAGCGCAAGGACAACUUUCUAAAGGGUCCCUAUCGGGCCGUAUCUGCAUGCUAAAAUGACCAACCAAAACAGAAUGAAAGUGGUCGUCCUCGGCAGUUCCAGAGUAGGGAAGUCAGCUGUCACCGUUCGUUAUUUAACUAAAAGGUACAUCGGAGAAUACAGUUCCAGCAAAGAUUUCAUCUAUCCGCACUGCGUUAACUUCGACAGCGUUGCGACAGAACUGGACAUACUCGACACGUCUUUCUGUAAGACCGCUUCCUGUUUAUACGAUCACAUCUCUUGGGCCAACGCUUUCGUCGUAGUCUACAGCAUUUGUGAUAGAGACAGUUUUCAGCACGCUCGACAUUGCCUGGAGACCAUCAGCACUCUGAAAGGUCUUCGUUAUGCACCAGUCAUUCUCUUGGGUAACAAGAGAGAUCUGGAACACGCCCGCCAAGUCGGUGUAGAUGACGGACACGAGAUGUCUCUACAGUAUCAAUGCCAAUUCUAUGAAGUUUCUGCCGCCGAAAAUUACAUAGGUGUCAGUUUAGCUUUCCAGAGUCUCAUAAGAGAAGCUCGCGCAUUGCAGGCACUCAGAACCUUACCUAUAAGACGGAAGGUAGGUGCAGCCAUGACUGUAUCAAAGAUGAUCGGAAUGGUUUUCGGAAAAAACGGUAAAUCUGGAAGAAAUGGCAAAAAACGGCCAUCGUUAUCCAUAUGACAUUACGCCUGUCUUCCAGUAUUAUCAGAUCACCUGUGAAUAAAUAUAUGUACAGAUUCGGUACGCUUACCAUUUCCUUCAUCCUUAAUGUCAUAUUUUUAUCAAUAUUCGUAAGAAUUUACUUACGAAAAUAUUUCAGAAUCGUGUAUAUACAUAUCAAUUUGUAUAUAAUGUAUGCAGGUACUGCAGGAUUUAUGGUAUUAUGUACAGUAUUUUUUUGUUUGUUUUACUAAAUAUUUUGUACACGUUUAUGGAGCCAGACUCCUACUUUUUAAUUAAAAAACAAUUUCGAUUCGAGUCUCUCAAUUCUUCUUCUUCGAGCGGAAACACAAUAAAUAAUCUCGAAUAUUAUCAUCCCGUGUUAUCUCAUAACUUAAUUAUGAAUAAAUCAAUUAUCUCAAUCAUUAAUACUCGAAGGAUGAUGACAGUGAU